AUGGCUAGACUUAAUGGGAAAGCUACAAGAAUAGCCGUGUUUAGUUUGGUUAUUAUUGGGUUAAUAUUCUUUUUAUCAAAUACUUCAGGUCCAACUUAUGUUCAAUCUGUAAAUAAAACAAAAUCAAAUGAUGCUAAUGUUGUGGAUCAAUCACAAAAAUCAAGUGUUAAUGGUUUAUUCCCUGAUGGUCGUGAAAAUGCAACUUUUGUUUCUUUAGCAAGAAAUGAAGAUUUAUGGGAAUUAGUUAGUGCUAUUAGAUCAGUUGAAGAUCGUUUUAAUGUUAAAUAUAAAUAUGAUUGGGUCUUUUUAAACAAUGAACCUUUCAAUGAUGAAUUCAAAACUGUUAUGAAAACUCUUGUUAGUGGUGAAGCUAAAUUUGGUGUUAUUCCAAAAGAACAUUGGUCUUAUCCAGAAUGGAUUUCUCAAGAAAAAGCUGCUCAAACUAGACAUGAUAUGAAAAAUAUCAUUUAUGGUAGUUCUGAAUCUUAUAGACAUAUGUGUCGUUAUGAAUCCGGAUUUUUCUAUAGACAUCCAUUAAUGUUAAAUUAUAAAUAUUAUUGGAGAGUUGAACCAAGUACUUUAUUACAUUGUGAUGUUAAUUUUGAUGUUUUCAAAUUCAUGAGAGAAAAUAAUAAAGAUUAUGCAUUUACAAUUACAAUUCAUGAAUUUGUUGAUACUAUUAAAACUUUAUGGCAAACAACAAAAGAUUUUAUUAAAGAAAAUCCUGAAGUUAUUGCAAAAGAUAAUUUAGAAAAAUUUGUUUCAAAUGAUGGUAUGGAAUCUUAUAAUUUAUGUCAUUAUUGGACUAAUUUUGAAGUUGCAAAUAUGGAUUUCUGGAGAGGUGAAGCUUAUUCCAAAUAUUUCGAAUAUUUAGAUAAAAAUGGUGGAUUCUUUUAUGAAAGAUGGGGUGAUGCACCAGUUCAUUCAAUUGCUGCUUCAUUAUUCUUACCACAAGAUCGUGUUCAUUAUUUCAAAGAAAUUGGUUAUUUUCAUGGUCCUUAUCAUAAUUGUCCAAUUGAAGAUUCUGUUAGAGAAGAAAAUAAAUGUAUGUGUAAACCAAAUGAUGAUUUUACAUGGAAAGAUUAUUCAUGUACAAGAUUAUAUCAUGAUGUUAAAGGUUUACAAAAACCAAAAGGUUGGGAAAAACAUACUGGUUAG